AUGAACACCAAUGUCUGCGUGGAGCCCGGGCCGAGCCCGGAGGCCCCGGGCUUGCCCAAGGAAAGCCACCUGCCCGAGGGGGCCCUGAACAGCCUUGUGGAUUACAACUCGGAGAUGGAGCGCUACCGCUCCUUUGCCACCUCCUUCUACAAGACCAACGGGGGCGCCUUCCCGCAGGCGGCCAAGAUCGCGCGCAUCACCACCCCCAUCUUCCCCAGCAGCGCCGCCGCCGCCGCGGCCGCCGCGCGCAUCGGCAUGUCCCCCUGGAACUGCGACAACGCGGCCACCGCCGCCGCCGCCACCGCCAUGCUCUGGGGCAGCGGCGGGGGCGGGGGCGGCGGCGGCGGAGGCGGUGGCGGCGGCGGCGGCGGCGGGGGCGGCGGGGGCAGCAGGAAAUCCUCCUCCGCCGCCGCCUCCUCCUCCGCCUCCUCCUCGGCGAUCCUCCCCGCCGGCGGUGGCGGUGGUGGCGGCGGCGGCGGCGGCGGCGGCGGCGGCGGCGGCGGCGGCAGCAGGACCAGCAUGCACCACCGAAACGACUCCCAGAGGCUGGGGAAAGCUGGCUGCCCGCCAGAGCCGUCGUUGCAAAUGGCAAAUACUAAUUUCCUCUCCACCUUAUCCCCCGAACACUGCAGACCUUUGGCGGGGGAAUGCAUGAACAAGCUCAAAUGCGGCGCUGCUGAAGCAGAGAUAAUGAAUCUCCCCGAGCGCGUGGGGACUUUUUCCGCUAUCCCGGCUUUAGGGGGCAUCUCAUUACCUCCAGGGGUCAUCGUCAUGACAGCCCUUCACUCCCCCGCAGCAGCCUCAGCAGCCGUCACAGACAGUGCGUUUCAAAUUGCCAAUCUGGCAGACUGCCCGCAGAAUCAUUCCUCCUCCUCCUCGUCCUCCUCGGGGGGAGCUGGCGGAGCCAACCCGGCCAAGAAGAAGAGGAAAAGGUGUGGGGUCUGCGUGCCCUGCAAGAGGCUCAUCAACUGUGGCGUCUGCAGCAGUUGCAGGAACCGCAAAACGGGACACCAGAUCUGCAAAUUUAGAAAAUGUGAAGAGCUAAAGAAAAAACCUGGCACUUCGCUAGAGAGAACACCUGUUCCCAGCGCUGAAGCAUUCCGAUGGUUCUUUUAAAGCAGUAGUAUAUCUUAUUUUCAAGGCAUUUGGAAGUGAAAGGCAAACUAAAUGUCUUGUUUUAAGAAACUGCUUAGUCCACCACUGAAGAAAAUAUCCAGAUAUUAUUUUCAUUUUAUGUAUAGGGGUUUCUUCACAAAAAAAAAGGAAAAGAAAAGAAAAAAGACAUAUAAAAAUAAUCUGGGAGCUUGGGGAAUUGGCCAGUCUAUUUACUUUCAAUACCCUGAUUCUUUCUUUGAUGUAAUUUAGCUAUCCUAGUGAAGUUGUUGUCUAUUUUGAAAGUGGCUGUAAAAAAUAAGUUUGGGUAAACCCCUGCUGUAAAAUCAUGUAUCUUUGCAAAGUACAUAUCUAUACUUCAUUUUCAAAUAUAUGUGUUUCAGUACUGUAAACUGUACAGAUAGCAGCUUGUAUUUUGUGUGUUUAGACACAAGGAGACAAUCAUCUCUGAGCAUCUAUGGAGAUUAACAGUUUGUACACAACAGUCUGGUUCUGCGAGUUAAAUCUGGAGCAAUAAAUUUUAGCUUUAAAUAUUUUUUGCCAGUUGUUUCUAGGAGCAGCAACAGCAGUGGCAUGUUUUGCCAUGCAUCUUUCUGUAGAGACUUGAUGCCGAGUUUUAUAAGACUAAAAGAUGAUGAUGCAUCCAGCAAUUACCUUCAGUUGUAUUGUUCUAAGAGGGGAAGAUGUUAGGAAAGUUUCAAUUAAUCUUUUGAGCACUAUAUUAGAGUAGUGGUUAUGCACUUGCAUUGCUUACAAACGAGCUGUACAGAAAGGUAUACCUCCCAAAUCCUUAGUGUAGUUGACUUGUCUCGGGUGACACUGUAAGGGGGAGUACUCAGAGUAGUUGGAACAUGCAGAAUCAGUUGUAUAAUUUUUUUUUCUUUAAACAGUGUUUUCUAGGAUACAGGAUAAAGUAUCAUAUCUUAGGGGAGAAAUUUAUGACUGACCUUUUUUUUUUUCCCCCAGUCCAACAUGGGUUGUAUGUAUUUUUUUGUUUGUCUAUUUUUUGCUCUUUUUCUUUUUUUGGUAGAUAAAAAGAAACACUUAAUAAAAUGUAUCCAAAUGUUUAAAUUCCAUGUAUGAUAUUAAAAGGGUAGUUUUGUUUUAAAAUUUGAAUACAUAAAGGCCUCCUGCAUGAGGCAUGGCUAGGUACAUUUUUAAAUUCAAAAGAAUGAAAUACGUUCAUGAAAGUGAGGCUUUUAAAUCUCUUUUUAUCUCCCUUUCUCACAGCCUCCUGGUUGCAGCGGUGGCCUUCCCCUAGGCCCUCAGUGGAACGUGCCGUUGCUUCCAUUCCCAUUUUUGUCACUGGAUGCUUUCAUUACUGAGAAGGCAGGACCACAGUCUGUGGAAUUCCAUAAAUGCAAACAGCCCCCAAACAAAAGGAGCUAAUGCUUCAUAGGACCCAUGCUACCUUUUCAGGUAGUGUUUGGUUUUCUUCUGGCAGUCAGGGUUCUUAAGGCUGUCCCAUUAGGACAAAUGUUAGUGAUGACAUGAUCCCUAAGAGUUUUCUUUCUUUCUUUCUUUCUUUUUUUUUUUUUUUUUCUGCCAGAUUAGAAAGACUAUUUUCAGCUUCAGGAAUAAAACAGAGGUUAGCCAAAACACAUAGAGUAUCCAAGUUGCCACGUUACUGUAACUUUUGUCCUCUAGUCACUAGCUAGCUAUUGUAGCCUGUGACAUCCAUAAGCCUGCUGAAAAGUUAGCAAUGUGGACCAUGUGAAGAAAAAUAACCUGAGAAGAGAAAGGGUGAUGAAAAGGACUGUAAAGUUUUAGAAAGACUAACAGAUGAAUAAUUUUAAAAGGCUAGUUGUAGUUUUGAAUGGGAAAUAAUACGGACAGAGGAGAUUUUUUUUAAACGCAGAAAGAGCACUUCAUCCUUGGGUGUGGAGAAGGCACUUAACAAACGCCAGUGUGAAAAACAAUGUGACUUAACUUGCCUAGGGUCUGAAUGCAAGGUCUACAGUUACUGUCAAGUAGCCUUCUUGAAGAAAAUUCAUUAUGUAUUACACUUAUCCAUGUUUAGAGAAGAGAAUUAUAUGAUCACAAAUUAAAACGUGCUGUAUAUUAAUUUUGAGAUAGCUUUCUACUUGAUGUAUAUUCCUUUGAAGGUUCUGGUUGGAAUUUCUCUUUCUGCUGUGGGACCAAUGAGAGCUGUAUGAGUUCUUUCUUGUUCCAUUUUUUAUUUUAUUUGACUUUUUUUUUUUAACCAAUUUGCGAAUGAAUUACAAGUAAGUGAAAACUUACUUUCACACUUGAAUGGUAAGGUUGCCUGGCUUUUUGGAAAAUGAUGAUUGUUAUUACAGAAUUGAAACAAACUUUUAUUCAGGCUGCAUUAGGCAUACGGUAACAUAUAAAGAUCUCAUAGCAAUGUACUGUGAGUCUAAAAUACAUGCUAGUACUGCAUGUCUGAUGUGUUUUUGUUUGUUUUCUUAAAGAAUUAAUGAAUCUGUAUAUUGUAAAAUGUGGUGUUUUUACAUGUCAAUUCAAUUUUUUAAUGAAAGAAAAUCUGUUGAGUAUUGAUAUGGAGAAGUGCAGCUUUUCUUGAGUUCUCUUAUGUGUUUUUAUUCUUGAUAUUGUUCUUUUUUAAACUGCCCAUUUUUUUAUGCUUUUGGUUAAACUGUAUUUAUAUAAUGUAGGGUGCAUAUAUGGUUCUCUUUGGUGAUGUUGAAAGAUAUUACUCUUCCAGCCUCCCCUCAGUUCUCUCCCCUGUAAGUCAAUGUAUCGAGAACUUGUAAAGCGUAUCAUUACAGCCCUGAGGGAUUGAAAGAUUUACAUUUUUCAUGAUUCUAAAAUACCAAUGAAAUGUAACUUUUAAAAGUUCCUCACUGCAUGUUUCAUAUGCAGUAUCAAGAAAAUUCAGAAGAUAGCAAUCAGAUGUAGAUCUGAUUAAAAAUUACAUCUUAAAAAUUACAUAACAGAUAAGCCAAAUAAAAAACUAUGUACGAGAGGUCUAUCUGUGUACACAGGAGUCUUGCCUUCUCUAGGUGUAGAUGAGGAGAUGCCAUAUUCUGUCAGGAUUUGGGGAGACCAUGGAAAGUAUUUGGGGUGUUGGCACGUAGUGCAGUGGAUCCACUCCUUUGUCAGCUGUCACUCAGCCCCCUAACAUCCCAAGAACAUCAGAGUGCAAAUCUUUCUCUUUCCAGGCCUUCAACCCAAAGUGAUUUUCUGAUGGAUUCUGCCUGUCUGUGCAUAAGUAGAGGCGUAUUUACAAACUAGAAAUGUGUCCAUCCUUGGGAGAAAAAACAGUAAUAGUCUUCCCCCAGGGUAAGAGUGUAUAAAAAUGUCUCCUGGUUGCUUAAUUCCCAACAUCCAACUUUCUUCUUCUAAAUACAUUUAUAGGGAGCAAGAGAUGGUAGGCUUCCUAUGAAUUAAUAUUAAGCAAUCACUAAAAGAAAGGAAUAUUCCCUUCCUUUCAUUCAGAACCCCUGGCAUGUAAGUUGUAUAAUUAAUACUAAAGCAAAUAAAGUCUUUAAGCUGAUAGUAUCUGUAAUCAAAUAAUGAAAAAAGGAAAGCAGUUAAAUGAGCACACUACGCAGGGUCAAAUAUGUUCAGCAAAAAGCUGUAGUGGGUCUUUGAUCAUGGCUAGAUUCACAGUGAUAUCAGACAGUUGGUUCUCAUGUACAGCUAAAUGUUUCAGAUUUUGUUUUUAUUAAAUUUGGCAGUUUCACACUGAGAUCUGUAUUCCUAGUGAAUAAAAGACAGCUACUUUGUUAGGAGGGAUUCCAUUUUCACAACUGUGAGGAAGUCAGAGAUAUUUCGGGAACAUGGGCCACAAAAUGUACUCCUUUCACAGUGUUCUCCUAUUCUGAACUGUGCAGUUAUCUAUUAAAUUUUCUAAUAGAUAUUUGUGUAAGGUGUAUGUAUGCUUGUGCAAUUAUUAAAAAAGCAGUUUUGGAAAACAGUGUAUUUAUUAAAGAAAAUUACUUACGGGGCAUGUACAAAACUGUAAAAAAAAAAAAAAAAA